GUUAUAAGUUGACUAAGCAUGUGAUAGUAAGAGAACACAAAACAAAGGCUCUUUCUCUCUAUAUAUCCUUCUUUCUCUGUCUCUCUGUUAGCGCAAUUAUUUGGUUAGCCUUAGCCAUUAUAUCCAACUAGCUAGCAGCCAUGGCAUCGAGUUGCAACAAGGCCUUUGCUGACAGUUACAUGAUACUGAAACCAGAAGAAGCUCAUUUAUUUGAUAUUGGUCGUGUGUUGUUUUCGCGCAACAUAGGACAUAGAAAAUUUGUGGAGAGCCACGAUGAUGAGGUAAAAGGGAGCUUGCGGUAUAGAAUUCUUAUAUUUGUGUCUGUUUUGCUUCAGAAGUUCUUGCUCCACAUCGCUAAGCCACUUGCCAACUUCGGUUCUUUCAUGGAGCUCGUGAUCAACCUGCUUGUCCUCAACGGGGGUCUCGCCAUGACCAUCAUUAACCUUCUCACAGGUCAUCUGAUAUUCCCGGAUCGUAAAUCACCAAGAUUUCUAUCUUGUAUUGGGAAUUUGGACGCUCGAUCAAAGUUGGAAGCUCUCAAGAGGGAAGAUAGCAGAUACUAUGUUUUACUGGCCAUGAUGGCUUCAAAAGCAUCCUAUGAGAAUGCAGCUUACCUUAAAUAUACAAUCACAAAUGACUGGAAGAUGGAAUUUGUGGGAUUUUAUGACUGCUGGAAUGAUUAUCAAGGAAAGGCCACAACCCAAGUAUUGAUUUUGUUGGACAAACACGAGGACCGUGACACUUAUGUGGUGGCUUUCCGAGGGACAGAACCCUUUGAUUCAGAUGCAUGGUGCACUGAUCUUGACAUCUCAUGGUAUGGAAUCCCUGGAAUUGGAAAAAUACACGGUGGUUUCAUGAAAGCCUUAGGGCUACAAAAAAACAUGGGGUGGCCAAAGGAAAUUCAAAGAGAUGAAAACCUUGCACCCCUUGCAUACUAUGUUAUUAGGGACAUCCUGAGAAAAGGUUUGAGUGAAAAUCCUAAAGCAAAGUUCAUAGUCACGGGACAUAGCUUGGGUGGAGCACUUGCAAUCCUCUUUCCCACGAUCAUGUUCUUGCAUGAUGAGAAGUUGUUGAUGGAGAGGUUGGAAGGGAUCUACACUUUUGGACAGCCAAGAGUUGGAAAUGAAGAUUAUGCAGAUUUCAUGAGACAAAAGUUGAAGGAAAAUUCUAUUAGAUAUUGCAGGUUUGUUUAUUGCAAUGAUAUUGUUCCUAGGUUGCCAUAUGAUGAUAAGGACUUGCUCUUCAAGCACUUUGGGGUCUGCCUUUUCUUUAAUAGGCGCUAUGAACUCCGUGUUCUUGAAGAGGAACCAAAUCCGAACUAUUUCUCGCCAUGGUGUGUGAUACCCAUGAUAUUUAAUGCUAUCAUGGAAAUGAUAAGGAGCUUCACCAUUGCGUACAAAAAUGGACCACACUACAGAGAAGGGUGGUUUCUCUUCUCUUUCAGGAUGAUUGGUUUACUCAUCCCUGGGCUACCAGCUCAUGGUCCACAGGAUUAUAUUAACUGCACUCUCCUGGGAUCCAUUGACAAACAUUUCAAAAAAGAUUGAUGUGCCAGUAUAUAUGCGGUGCAAUAAGCCUACACAUCAACCUGUAGUACGUUGUAUUAUUAUGUCAAUGAAUUAUUGUUGUUCAUUUAGAACUCUCAAAACACCAAAAGUGCUUUAGAGUAAGCAGAAGUUGCAUUUUAUUUUAAUAGAUCAUCUGUAUUUGGAUAAAAAAAAAUGAUAAGCAAUUGGUGUUUCUAAUAUUCAA